UGCGGAGCCGCUGGAGCGGAGCGGUGUUAGCGGCGUUGCUGGAAGAUGGCGAGCGGCUGGGAUGAGCGGCCGCCCUGGCGGCUGGAAAGCCUGCGGCUGCUACCGCCGCCACCGCUGCUGCUGCUACUGCUGCUAUUGAGGAGCUCGGCCCAGGCGGCGCACAUCAAGAAGGCUGAGGCGACCACGACGACCGUCGGCGGCUCCGAGGCGGCCGAGGGCCAGUUUGACCACUACUACCACGAAGCGGCGCUGGGCGAGGCACUGGAGGCGGCAGCGGCCGCGGGGCCGCCUGGCCUGGCCCGUCUCUUCAGCAUCGGCAAUUCGGUGGAGGGCCGACCGCUGUGGGUGCUGCGCCUCACGGCUGGCCUGGGGCCGCCGCCCACCCCCGCCGCCGUGGGGCUGGACGCCGCGGGGCCGCUGCUGCCCGGCCGACCGCAGGUGAAGCUGGUGGGUAACAUGCACGGCGACGAGACGGUGUCGCGCCAGGUGUUGGUCUACCUGGCCCGUGAGCUGGCGUCGGGCUACCGCCGCGGGGACCCGCGCCUGGUCCGCCUGCUCAACACCACCGACGUAUAUUUGCUGCCCAGCCUGAAUCCGGAUGGCUUCGAACGCGCUCGCGAGGGUGACUGCGGCCUCGGCGACAGCGGUCCGCCUGGGACCAGCGGCCGAGACAACAGCCGAGGCCGCGACCUCAACCGCAGCUUCCCUGACCAGUUCAGCACGGGGGAGCCACCUUCCCUGGAUGAGGUGCCAGAGGUGCGCGCCCUCAUCGACUGGAUCCGCAGGAACAAGUUUGUGCUUUCUGGAAAUCUUCAUGGUGGCUCAGUGGUAGCAAGCUAUCCUUUUGAUGAUUCUCCCGAGCAUAAGACCACUGGAAUCUAUAGCAAAACCUCCGAUGAUGAAGUCUUUCGAUACUUGGCGAAAGCUUAUGCUUCUAACCACCCUAUAAUGAGAACUGGUGAACCCCAUUGUCCAGGAGAUGAAGAGGAGACUUUCAAAGACGGGAUCACGAACGGUGCGCACUGGUAUGAUGUGGAAGGUGGUAUGCAAGAUUACAACUAUGUGUGGGCCAACUGUUUUGAGAUCACAUUAGAAUUAUCUUGCUGCAAAUACCCACCUGCUUCUCAGCUUCGACAAGAAUGGGAGAACAACCGUGAGUCUUUGAUCACAUUGAUUGAAAAGGUCCACAUUGGAAUUAAAGGAUUUGUUAAAGACUCAGUCACAGGCUCUGGGUUGGAGAAUGCAACCAUCUCAGUGGCUGGUAUUAAUCAUAAUAUCACAACUGGGAGAUUCGGUGAUUUCCACAGACUGCUCAUUCCUGGAAGUUACAAUCUUACAGCGGUUUCACCUGGGUAUAUGCCGUUGACUAUUAAUAAUAUAGUGGUGAAAGAAGGACCAGCCACAGAGAUGGAUUUCUCCCUUCAACCAACUGUGAUGUCAGUAGUGCCUGACUCGACUGAGGCUGUGACAACUCCCGGCACAGUUGCCGUUCCUAAUAUUCCUCCUGGAACACCAUCGUCCCAUCAGCCAAUUCAGCCUAAAGACUUUCACCACCACCAUUUUCCUGACAUGGAAAUCUUCUUGAGAAGAUUUGCCAAUGAAUAUCCUAACAUCACUCGCCUUUAUUCUCUGGGAAAGUCCGUAGAGUCGAGAGAACUGUAUGUGAUGGAGAUAUCUGACAACCCAGGCGUCCAUGAACCAGGUGAACCAGAAUUUAAAUAUAUUGGAAAUAUGCAUGGAAAUGAAGUGGUUGGAAGAGAACUGCUAUUGAAUCUCAUCGAAUACCUCUGCAAGAACUUUGGAACAGACCCUGAAGUAACAGAUUUGGUUCGCAGCACUAGAAUUCACCUCAUGCCAUCCAUGAAUCCUGAUGGGUAUGAGAAGUCCCAAGAAGGAGACUCGAUAAGUGUAGUUGGCAGAAACAACAGCAACAACUUUGACCUAAACCGAAAUUUCCCAGACCAGUUUGUUCCGAUCACAGAUCCUACCCAACCUGAAACUAUCGCUGUGAUGAGCUGGGUGAAGGCCUAUCCGUUUGUGCUGUCGGCCAAUCUGCAUGGAGGUUCCUUGGUGGUUAACUACCCUUAUGAUGAUAAUGAACAAGGAGUUGCCACAUACAGCAAAUCACCAGAUGACGCCGUGUUUCAACAAAUAGCACUUUCUUAUUCCAAGGAAAACUCGCAGAUGUUCCAAGGUAGACCUUGCAAAGACAUGUACCUUAAUGAGUAUUUUCCUCAUGGCAUAACGAAUGGAGCGAGUUGGUAUAAUGUCCCAGGUGGUAUGCAGGACUGGAACUAUUUACAGACGAAUUGCUUUGAAGUAACCAUCGAACUAGGUUGUGUGAAAUAUCCAUUCGAGAAGGAACUGCCAAAGUACUGGGAGCAAAACCGGAGAUCUCUAAUCCAGUUUAUGAAACAGGUUCAUCAGGGUGUCAAAGGAUUUGUUCUUGAUGCCACAGAUGGUAGGGGCAUAUUAAAUGCCACCCUCAGUGUUGCUGAAAUUAAUCACCCAGUGACGACUUACAAAGCUGGAGAUUACUGGCGUCUCUUGGUCCCAGGGACAUAUAAAAUCACAGCAUCUGCUCGAGGGUAUAACCCCGUCACCAAGAACGUGACCGUCAGGAGUGAAGGUGCUAUUCAGGUCAACUUCACACUUGUUCGAUCUUCAACAGAUGCAAACAAUGAGUCAAAGAAAGGAAAGGGGCAUAGCACCAGCACUGAUGACACCAGCGACCCAACUUCUAAGGAGUUUGAAGCACUGAUCAAACACCUUUCGGCUGAGAAUGGCUUGGAAGGCUUCAUGUUAAGCUCGUCCUCAGACCUGGCUCUGUAUCGAUACCAUUCCUACAAAGACUUAUCCGAGUUCCUGAGAGGACUCGUAAUGAACUACCCACACAUUACAAACCUUACCACUUUGGGACAGAGUGUUGAAUAUCGUCACAUUUGGUCCCUUGAAAUCUCCAAUAAGCCCAACAUAUCAGAACCUGAAGAACCGAAGAUUCGUUUUGUUGCUGGUAUCCAUGGAAACGCUCCAGUUGGCACUGAACUGCUUUUGGCUCUGGCAGAAUUUCUUUGCCUGAAUUACAAAAAGAAUCCAGUUGUUACCCAAUUGGUUGACAGGACUAGAAUUGUGAUUGUCCCCUCUCUGAAUCCAGAUGGGAGAGAGCGAGCACAGGAGAAAGACUGUACCUCGAAGACUGGGCACACAAAUGCCCGUGGCAGGGACCUGGACACAGACUUCACAAGUAAUGCUUCCCAACCUGAGACCAAAGCCAUCAUUGAAAACUUGAUUCAAAAACAGGAUUUCAGCCUUUCCAUUGCUUUAGAUGGUGGUUCUGUGCUGGUCACAUAUCCGUACGACAAGCCAGUCCAGACAGUGGAAAACAAAGAAACGUUAAAGCAUCUGGCGUCUCUUUAUGCAAAUAACCACCCAUCAAUGCACAUGGGUCAGCCCAGUUGCCCAAAUAAUUCAGAUGAGAACAUACCAGGAGGAGUGAUGCGGGGAGCAGAGUGGCACAGUCACCUGGGCAGCAUGAAGGAUUAUAGUGUCACCUAUGGCCAUUGCCCAGAAAUCACAGUAUACACAAGCUGCUGCUACUUCCCAAGUGCAGCUCAACUCCCUGCCCUAUGGGCAGAGAACAAGAAGUCUCUCCUCAGCAUGCUGGUGGAGGUCCACAAAGGAGUCCAUGGGUUAGUAAAAGACAAGACUGGUAAACCAAUCUCUAAAGCAGUAAUUGUACUCAAUGAAGGAAUAAGAGUACACACAAAAGAGGGGGGUUAUUUCCAUGUGCUUUUAGCUCCUGGGGUCCAUAACAUCAAUGCCAUCGCUGAUGGAUAUCAGCAACAGCAUUCACAGGUCUUUGUGCAUCAUGAUGCAGCCAGUUCUGUGGUGAUAGUCUUUGAUACAGAUAACCGGAUAUUUGGUUUGCCAAGGGAACUUGUGGUAACUGUGUCAGGUGCCACCAUGUCAGCGCUGAUCCUCACGGCUUGCAUCAUUUGGUGCAUCUGCUCUAUCAAGUCUAACAGACACAAAGAUGGCUUCCACCGGCUGCGGCAGCAUCAUGAUGAAUAUGAAGAUGAAAUUCGCAUGAUGUCAACUGGCUCUAAGAAGUCCCUUUUAAGCCAUGAGUUCCAGGAUGAAACGGACACAGAGGAAGAGACAUUAUAUUCUAGCAAACAUUGAGAAGCACGGUUUGCAUAUCUCCCUGCUUAAGUACCAGGCAAAUGACAGCUCCUCUUGGGAGACACUGCAGUAAGAAGAGAGAUUCCUUCCUCCUUCAAAGAGCUUUGGGAAGUUAGCCUGCUAAAUUCAUACUCUCUGAAUGUCACAGGCAGUUUUGAACUUCCCUUCCUUAAAAGUACUCUUAACCUUUUC